AUGGCACAAGGAUUGCCAGUUUUUCCAGCAUUUGGUGUAAGUGAACCUGGUGUUGACACAAGAUGGAGGAAAUGGACAGGUCGAUUCGAAAACUUAAUGAUUGGCAUGGACAUUAAAGAUAAAAAACGUCAGAGAGCCUUAUUUCUACACUAUGCAGGGGAAGAGGUAAAUGACAUCUUCGACGUACUGCAGAAUACAGGGGAUGACUACGAAUCAGCAAAGAUAAAGCUAACAGAGUACUUUGCCCCCAAGAAAAACACAGAAUUUGAGAUAUAUAAAUUUAGACAGGCAAAACAGGAAUCUAAUGAAAACAUUGAUAGUUUUCACACACGUUUAAGACACUUAAGUAUAAACUGUGAAUUUUCGGAAACAGACAAAGAAAUUAAGUCACAAAUCAUUCAAGGCUGCACCUCAACUCGACUGCGUCGCAAAGCACUAAGCGAUGACCUGACAUUAGACAGUCUCAUCAAAGAAGCAAGGACACUAGAACUAUCAGAUCAACAAGCAUCUGAAAUUGAAGGUCAAGCAAAAUAUGACGUCGUUAAUGCUAUGAAAUCACGACAAAGACAAAAUCAAAAGGCGCAAAAAGAAAGACGCAGACACAUCAUUAAGGAAUCAAUAUGCAGAUACUGUGGCUAUGAAUAUCCACACAAAUCAGGAAAAUGCCCAGCCAGUGGAAAAACAUGUACAUAUUGCUCAAAGAAAAAUCAUUUUGAAGCAGUGUGCUUGUCAAAGAAACGGGACAAUAACUUCACAUGCCAGCUUAAUGACAGCUCACAAAGUGAAAGUGAUAAGGACAAAGAAAGUGUACUUCCCAGGCAUGGAUCAACAAGUUGA